UAGAGAGAAGGUGAGAGAGAGAGCGAGGAGGUGCUGCAUCAGUUAGCUGCAGCAGUCCGAGGACAGCGGCGGCAGCAGCAGUUUAAACGGCGCUCCACUGCUUGUCCAUUGUCCGACUGGACAGCGCUCUGUCCGCCCACAGCAGCAGCAACCCAGCGGGGCAGGAGGUCACAGGACAGUUGGAACUACUGAUAACCUUCUGUUCUUCUCCAGGACGUGCUGACCCUCUCUCCAUCCUCGUGCGGGACCUCUGUCUUAUUUUUCUUGCCAGGCUUGCUCUCUUCUCAGGAACUGUCUGGAUUUCGGCGGCUCCUGGAGAGUCAUGGGGCUCGGGGAGAGGGGCGCAAGGACAGCGUGGCGAGAGAGCGUCCCGAGCCUAGUGUGGAGACUAGUGUUAGUGUGCUGUGGAAUCCACACUGUUCACGCUCAAACCUCAGGGGACAGCAAGUCACUCUACUUCUGGGAGACAGGUCCGUGGGGAAGGUGUAUGGGCAGCGAGUGCGGCCCAGGAGGCAGCCAGAGCCGAGCGGUUUGGUGUGCCCACGUGGAGGGCUGGACCACGCUGCCCACCAACUGCCUCCAGUCAGUACGGCCCGCCAACCAGCAGAGCUGCUUCCGCGUGUGUGACUGGCACAGGGAGCUUUAUGACUGGCGGCUGGGUGACUGGAACCGCUGCGCUCCCGUUGCACCUCGUGGUGGUGGCGGGGUUCGCUCAGGUGCCUGCCCAAGAGGUGAGGAGGGCAUCCAGACGCGAGAGGUGAGCUGUGUGUUGAAGGCUGAUGGUUCACCUGCUGACGAUGCCAUCUGCGAGUACUUUGAGCCACGGCCUCGGCUGGAGCAGGCCUGCCUGAUCCCAUGCCCAAGGGACUGCGUAGUAUCCCGCUUCAGCCCCUGGACAGCCUGCUCCAAGACGUGUGGCCUUGGCCUGCAAAACCGCAUUCGAUCUGUCCUAGCGCCGCCGAUUUUCGGCGGGCAGGCUUGCCCCAACCUGACGGAGUUCCGCACAUGCGCGCCCAGGCCUUGCGAGGGCCGCGAGAUGCUCUUCAACUUGCGUGUGGGCGGCUGGGGAGAGUGUGGACUCCCGCCGUCCCUCCCUGAGGCUUCUGAGGCCCCGAGCCUUCCUCCGGCGCAGCGAGUAGCCCGCCAGGCUCGCCGCAGGAAAAGCAAGGAGCGCAAGGGGGCCAAAGACCCUGAGACACAUGAGCUGAUCAAGAGCAAGAGGAACCGAAACAGGCUGAACCGGCAGGAGAGCAACCUGUGGAGCAUCGAAGUGGGAUACCGCGCAAGGCAGGUGGUCUGCGUCCACCGCAACGGGAGCACAGUGCCCCUGAGCCAGUGCCCCCACUGGAGCCUCCCGGACAUGCACCAGUCCUGCCUGAUGCGCAAGGACUGCGCGAUCAACGAGUGGGGACAGUGGGGUCCAUGCUCGAAAACAUGUGCAGACCCCAGCGUUCCGAUGGGCACCCGGAUCCGCACCAGACAGGUCCAGCAGCUUCCUGUGGGCGGAGGAGCAGAGUGCCCCCAGCUGGAGGACAGCCAGCCCUGCGAGCCUUUAGGAGACAGCGUCCCACCCUGUGCCACCUACACCUGGAGGACCACAGAGUGGGGCGAGUGCCGCGUGGACACGUUGCUAAGCCAACAGGACCGGCGCCGUGGCAACCAGACGGGCUUGUGCGGGGGUGGCCUCCAGACGAGGGAGGUGUACUGUGUCCAAGCCAACGCUGAGCUGCUGUCUUACCUGAGCAACAACCAGGACAAAGCAGAAGGCCAACCUCAGAGCAGCCCGAAGCCUAGCGUCCCACCCCUCCUGUCCAUCACGUUUGAAAUCACAGCUUCCCAGCCUGUGGACAGUAAGCUGUGUGUGGGGUCAGUGCCAAGUACCAGCCAGCUGUGCCACAUCUCAUGCCCCAUCGAGUGUGAGGUGUCCCCCUGGGGGGCCUGGGGACCAUGCACCUUUGAGAACUGCAAUGACCAGUCAGUGAAGAAAGGUUUCAAGUUCCGAAGGCGAAAGAUCACAAACUACCCAACAGGCGGAGAAGGAGACUGCCCCCAUCUGGUGGAGGCCAUACCCUGUGAGGAACCUAGCUGCUUCGACUGGCAGCUGCUCAAACUGGGGCAGUGCGUCCCUGAUGAGGACAUGGACUGUGGUCCAGGAACGCAGCUUCCACAGGCGCGCUGCCUCAACAGCGACGGUAAGGAGGUGAAUAAAGAGCUGUGUGCUGAUGCAGUCUUCCCACCCUCCGUGCCCUGCGUGGUUCCGUGCCCUAAAGACUGUGUCCUCAGCCCCUGGACGCCCUGGUCCACCUGCUCCCAAACCUGCUCCAGCAAAACGGCUGAGGGCAAGCAGAUGAGGACGAGAGCCAUCCUGGCCUACAACGCUGGGGAAGGAGGCACCAUUUGUCCAAACACAAGUGCACUGCAGGAAAUGAGGAACUGUAACGAACACGCCUGCAUCGUGUACCACUGGCAGACCGGUCCGUGGGGGCCGUGUACGGAGGACACUUCGGUCACCACACUCAACUCCACCACCACUGGCUCCAAAAUCACUCCCUCUGGACCAGACAAGCCGUCCUGCGCCAUGGGCAUGCAGACCCGCAAGGUCAUCUGCGUCAAAGUCAACGUGGGUCAGGUCCCGCCAAAAAAAUGUCCGGAUGGUCCUCGGCCAGCGUCAGUAAGGCCAUGCGUACUGCCCUGUAAGAAGGACUGCAUAGUGACACCAUUCAGUGAAUGGAUGGCCUGUCCUACAUCCUGCGAACCAGGUGUGUCUUUAGUCGCCAGCGGCCAGAAGAGCAAGCAGUCCCGUUUCCGUGUGAUCAUCCAGAAGCCAGCCAACGGCGGACUGGACUGUCCCGAGGUGCUCUAUGAAGAGAAGGACUGCGUGAGCCCCCGUCCAGACUCAGCCUGUCUGGUUUACAGGUGGAAGACUCACAAGUGGCGCCGGUGUCAGCUGGUUCCGUGGAGCAUCCGGCAGCAGAGCAUGGGAGCUCAGGAGGGAUGUGGAGCAGGGCUCCAGACCAGAGCGGUCUCAUGUCGGCAGCUGGACGGGUCAGUAACAGACAUAGGCCAGUGUCUGAAGUUUGCCAGCUCCAUGCCUGCUAUAAACCAGCCGUGCCAGUUGCCGUGCCGAGACGACUGCCAGCUCACCAACUGGUCCAAAUUCUCACCCUGCACGGCCGACUGCGUGGGGGUCCGCACUCGAAGGAGGGCUCUAGUGGGAAAGAGCAAGAAGAGGGAUAAGUGUAAGAACAGUCAGAUGUAUCCGCUGAGUGAGACGCAGUACUGCCCCUGCAACAAGUACAACGCCCAGCCCGUGGGCAACUGGUCCGACUGCAUCCUGCCUGACGGCCGACUGGAGAGUGCUCUGGCCAUGCGGGUGCAGGGAGAUGGUCGGGAGUGCGGCCAGGGCUACCGAUACCAAGCCAUGGCAUGCUAUGACCAGGACAACAGGCUAGUGGAGACCUCACGCUGCAACAGCCACGGGUACAUUGAGGAGGCCUGCAUCAUCCCUUGUCCAUCUGACUGCAAGCUCAGCGAGUGGUCCAACUGGUCACGCUGCAGCAAGUCCUGCGGCAGUGGGGUUAAAGUGCGCUCCAAAUGGCUCAGAGAGAAACCCUACAACGGUGGGAGACCCUGCCCUAAACUGGACCACAUCAAUCAGGCUCAGGUGUACGAGGUGGUCCCAUGUGUGAGCGAUUGCAGUCAGUACGUCUGGGUGGCCGAGCCUUGGAGCAUGUGGAAGGUCAGCAAUGUGGACCUGAAGGAAAACUGCGGCGAAGGAGUGCAGACGAGGAAAGUCAGGUGUAUGCUGAACACGGUGGACGGCCCCACUGAUGCUGUGGAGGACUACUUAUGUGACCCAGAGGAGAUGCCUGCAGGGACCCGGGAAAGCAGGCUGCCUUGCCCGGAGGACUGCGUCCUAUCUGACUGGAGUCCCUGGACACCCUGUGAGCUGCCCUGUAGCGGUCGAGGCGAUCGGCAGAGGACGGCCUACGCCCUGCGGCUGCCCAAAGAGGGGAGAGAGUGCCCCAAAAGCAUGGAGACUGAGCCCUGUCUGCUCAACAGGAACUGCUACCACUACAGCUACAACAUCACAGAUUGGAGCACAUGUCAGUUAAGUGCCAACGCCGUGUGUGGAAUCGGCCGGAAGACUCGCAUGUUAGACUGCGUGAGAAGUGACGGCAAAUCUGUGGACCUGAAGUUCUGCGAAGAGCUGGGCUUGGAGAGAAAGUGGCAGAUGAAUGCUUCCUGUACUGUGGAAUGCCCAGUGAACUGCCAGCUCUCGGAGUGGUCAGCAUGGACAGAGUGCUCCCAGACCUGCGGCCUGGAAGGGAGGAUGUCUCGCAGGCGGUCAGUAGUGCAGGCAUCUCGGGGUGAUGGCCGGCCAUGUCCGGCUCAGAUGGAACAGUGGAAGCCCUGUCCAGUCCGGCCCUGCUACCGCUGGAACUACAGCCAAUGGUCCGAGUGCAGAGUAGAGGACGUGGUGUGUGGUGAAGGCCGGCGCUUUAGGAAUCUGUCCUGUUUCGUGUCGGACGGCUCCAGAGAUGUUCCAGGCAGUCUGGUGGAGGAGGAGCUGUGUGCUGGACUGGAAGCUGCUGUGGACGGAGAUAAAAACAUUAUUCUGGAAGAGGCCUGUACUUUACCAUGUCCAGGUGACUGCUAUCUGAUGGAAUGGUCAGACUGGAGCCCAUGCCAGAGCGUGUGUGUGAAGGGUCAACGGCUGGACUUCAGCGCAGUGCAGGUCCGCUCCCGUGCUGUUGUUGCACAGGAGCCUGAAAACAUCGCCCAGUGUCCGGAACAGGAGUGGCAGUCCCGCCCCUGUCCUGACGGCGAGUGCUUUGAGUAUAAAUGGGUGAGCACUACUCGUCUGGUCUGGUGUGAGCGCUCAGACGGAACAAACGUCACAGGUGGCUGCCCUCCCACAAGCCUGCCUGGAGUGGAGGGGUCAUGUGACCCCCCUUGUGACAAGCCACGUUCAUUCUGCUCGGAGGAAAGUCUGUGUAUGUGUGAGGAGGGCUACACUGAGGUAGUGUCUCCGGAGGGCCUGCUGGAACAGUGUGCUGAGAUUCCCGUGCUGGAGAUCCCCACAGCAGGAGACAGGAACGCUGACGUAAAGACCAGCCGUGCUGUGGACCCCACCGCCCCCACUACAGAGCAGCCAGGAAGGCCUGGACGCACCUGGUACCUUCAGCCCUUCGGACCUGAUGGCAAACUGAAGACGUGGGUGUACGGCGUAGCUGCAGGCGUGUUUGUGCUUCUGGUCUUUAUAGUGUCUAUGAUCUACUUAGCAUGCAAAAAGCCAAAGAAACCACAGCGAAGACAAAACAAUAACAACAGGCUGAAGCCUCUGACUCUGGCCUAUGACGGCGAUGCUGACAUGUAGCCCUGCUUGGGCAGAAAAUGCCAUACUUCACACACUUUAGCCACAUCAUAAACACACACGUUCAUGCUUGGUCGCGUCAGCAACGCCUAACGUUUCAUCUCAGAUACAGAACCCUCAUCCGCCUGAACAGCUGAACCUACGUUUUCUUUUCCAGCAGAGCCUUCAAAACUCCCACACACAACGGGAGGACACCUUUUUACGUUAUUCGUACUUUAUUUUCAGCGUUGGCUGAAAAGGUCCGUCCCCCUCCGGCCUGAUCAGCACAGUGAUGGUGUUUUUCCCAUUUUCCUGCAGUUUCUCUGGAGUUUUUGGGGUUUUUUUUUUUGGAGGCCAGAGGAAUAAAUACAAAAAGCCAAAACAUUACAAAAAAAGAAGAUGCAAAAGUAAAAAAAAAAUAUAAAAAAUCAAUGAACGGACUUCAUGUGUUGCAGAUCUAAUAGACUUCUGACUUUUUUCUUUAGCAAACUCCUGGGCAGCAGCCUUUCUAUGGAAGGUGAAAAAAACAUAGAGGAACACAAUCGCUCUCCUGGAAGUACUGCCUCUUCUCUUCUCUUCGUUCCAGGCACUAUUGCACUAUAUUAGUGCAGCAUGAUAUGCACUUAAGUCAGGGUUUGCCACUGAACUUCGGCAGGUUGUAAUACAAAAGGAAAAAUUGUAAGAGAAAAAAAGAAGUGAAGGUAUUUGACAGUAAAUGUCACACGUGGGCACAGUUGGAACUUUCUUUGAGAGCCGAAGAUUCAUUUCCUUUGCUUGACAUCUUUUUUCUCUGUUCGUUUCAGUCACUUGUGCAUUGUAUAGGUCGUCUGAUGUGUCUUUUUUUCUGCUCAUCACAGUUUGGACAUGUAGUUGCUACUACACUCUUAAAUAUAAAGGUUCCUAAAUGGUUCUUGGUCUGGACGUAUCGGGGCAGAUCCAAUAACGUUUUAGCCUUUUGGAUUUAAAAAGUGGCUGUUGUGACUUAAUAUAUAGGUACGGUGCCGUUUCAGUGCCCACAACAGGACAAAACAUGCUUUUUUCCUCAUUGCGUAGGUAUUUAUAGGCUCGUGAUGCUCAAAAUACUGGGAGGAGAUUAUUAUAAUGAAGUAUGUACUCCAGUUUAACAAGGCUGACAGUAAAUACUGGCUUGAUUAUUAUGCAUUCUGUGUAAAAUUGUCAAAUUUCCCACAAUAUCUGCACAAUGCAAUCAAGGAGAGACUUCUAGAGUAACUUGGAUUUUCUUUACAGUGGUGGUCCUAAUCUGGGGCCAUAUUACAGAAACUUCCCAUCUUUUUGUCUUAAGUUAAGCUCUGACAGGUCAAGAUGAGAUUUUUCACAAAUUCGUAUUACAGAAGAAAGUCUUAAUUUAGGAAUCUUAUCUUACAGCAUCUUAUCUGAGGUUAAGAAAUCUUAUUAAUCUUAAGAAAACUUAUUCAAUCGAAGUCUACAAUUAACUGUCAUGUCUGUUACCUAGCAAGUGACGAUAUGCGCACAGCUAAACAAAACUAAAGCACACUAAACUGAAAGUUAAGAAUAUUGUGUCAGCGCUUCGUGCUGUUUAUCAGAGCAUCGCUGUUCUUCGUUUUCAGUUUCAGUUUCAUUUCCCAAAUGCUUUAUCCGAGCGCACUAAUGUUAUUCCUCCUAAUAAACAGACACAAAUUCAGCUCGGACUCAUUAUUCACCACCUUCACACUAAUAUUUUAGCUGAGGAGUUUUCAUCAAUAUUAAUACAAAAAGGUAAUAAGAGGGGAUGGUGGAGAUCGUCUCUGCAGCAUCUGGGGCUUUUAAAAUGCUGUUAGAAAAAAAAGUAAAAGCACCGUUAUGGUAGCGUCAUUAUGCCAGUUAUAGUGAACUGUGCUGCCUUUCACUGCAUAAAACAAUAGAAACAGACAGUUAAAAAAAAGUUAAGACAGCUAGGGGUUUGUCAAAGUUUAAUUUAAGUUAAAUUUUGGAAAUUUAGUCUAGCUGGGAUGUUAAGAUUAUGACCUUAAAAACUGUUAUCCUAUGGUAGCUUCUGCCAUUAAUUCAGUACUAAAAGAAGUUGUCAUGGUGAAUAAAUAGGUAAGAUUUUAGACUUUUAGACUAGAAAUUUCUGUAAUAUGGCCUCUGGAGUCACAAUGUCUACCACAAAUAUAGCUAAUUAUCCAAAACCCCAAGUGAACUUACGUCUUCUGAGUUUUUAUACAUCAGGAGCAGAAAGGUCACAAAUAUGAAAAAUACAUGUUUUCUUUAAGGCCUAUUUUGCCUUACAGUGCUCUGCAUUUAUGGAUUUAAAAAAUUUCAUUUUAGUCCAAAAUCUCAUCUUGAAAUGAUCAGUAAAAUGACUCUGGCGUCAGGCAGCAUGGUUUACGUAGUAUAUGGGUCAGCAACAGACUGCUGUGGAGUUGCCCUGUUGCGGAUCCUCUCUCUAUAUGAAGUGUAGCGUUCUAAUAUGGUUUUAACAAAAAUGGUCUUAAAUGCUAGAGUUCAUGCAGAAACGGUCUUACACGCUGCUAAUUCACUGACCUUUAACCCUGAAAGUUGGCGUGCAGACCGCUGCUCAUGAAAAGGUAAAGAAGAGACGAUAGGCUUGUGUGCACUUAUAAGCACAGCUGGUUUCCUGAUACGUUUAGUCUGCAACAAGAAACUGUCAAACACUAAAAAGUUGCAGCACCAAAGUCAACUUCUCAUUCCCCAGCUUCGAAAUUCGCCGAAUUUUCCCGUUUCACCUUAAACGGUCCAUGACAUGCCAGAGUGUAACUGCUGCACCUGUUAAAGUGGAACAGGAAAAUUCGAACAAUAAGAUAAAUGAGAAUCUGACUUCAAUGUUGAGAGACAUUUUACAAGAAACUGACCUACUUUUGCAGAAAAGUUUCCUGCCAGAGAUGUGAGAAAGGAGCUAAAGCUUAUAGCAGAGCUAAGUAAGCCUGUGUUUUUGUUUAGUGUGUUAGCAAUACUGAGGCAUAUUUACAGCCAAGAUGGUAAAAUGGACAUAAGUUGUGGCUCCCAAGGUGCUAUGUCAAAAUGAUUGCUCACAAAAUUCUUAUCUUGAAAUAAUUACACUUUAUCUAAGAGUAGUUAUGGUCAAAAUCAAUAGAAAAAAGUGGUUAUUUUUAGAAGAGAAGUGAAACUUUUGAGAUAAGUAAAAGUAUGGACAUGCUGCUAGAAAGAGAGGGAAAAAAAACAAUUACAAUGAUUUAUAUUAUUAUUAUUAUAAAACUAUUAUCUUCUACUUAAUGAUAAAUUGGCUUUCAUACAAAAAGCAUGUGAGCCAGACACCUGGCUAUAUUGUGCUGCUUAUAUGUUUUAUUGCACAGUUGCACUUGUGUUCAUUUUAAUAAGGUUCUUAGUAGAUAAGCUGCUAAAUUGGCCGUCCCAUCCAAUGCAAACUGAUAAUCAGUAAUUAGUACCUCUUUUAGUAAAUCUACCCCUCAGUUCCAGAAAAAUGGGCAUAGAACCUUUACAUGACACGGAGGUUCUGUCAACUUUAAAGAGGUUGUUCAAACUCAAUAUUUCAGUGCACUGUAAAUGGUAAUAGUACACUUUACUACAAAGUUGUAAGCAAGUUUACUUAUUUCAGUAGAAAUUGACAUUUUACUCAAAUUAAAAAGUCCCUCAAAGGAGAAAUUUGUAGACCUGAAAAUAUUUUGUUGAACUGGUUUCCCAGCUUUAUUUAAGUAAACUGGUGUUAUAGUAUACAGUGUGGUUCUUUAAACAGCCAUUUGUUGAAAGGAUCUUUAGGGAACCAGAAGUGGUUCUUCUAUGCCAGCACUCCAAAGAACCCUUUUUGGCACCUUUAUUUUUAAGUUUCCAUUUUGAGCUUUUCUAAGAUUAUUUGUUGAGAUGCACUUGUGAGGAGAAAAAAAAAUAAACAAAAGAAAAGCUUGUGACAGGCUGAUAUUUUGUGGAAGGCCCCGUGUGUUGUAUAUGGGUUGUACUUACAUUUGUUUCAUGUGAAGACCAGCAGUUUCUGCCUUAUUGAACAAAAAAUAUGGAAAACAUACAAAUAUUUCUUGCUUUUAAUUAUAAUUCAGUUGGUUAUAAUUACUAUGAAUUAUAAUUGCCAAUUCCUAACAGAACAGUACAGGUGUAAUGCAGAUGAGGAGUAUUAGUAGCUGUAUUUGGCCUGAUUUAAAUACAUUUUAACAUUUUUAAAAUAUCAACAUGGCUUCCCAAAGUUAUUAAUUAUUAUAUUAUUAUUAUAUUAUAGUCAUUAUGAGUACAAUCAUGACAAAAUCAACAAAGAUUAGAAUAAAAAGUCUUUUUAUGGCUACAGUUGAUGAAACCGUAGUUAUAUUUUAUGUAAAUUGUAUGCAGAUUGCACCUACUUGCUAAAUUAAUGUUAAAAAAUGAAUUGGACAUUGCAUAAAAAAAGUAAUUUGCUAUGUAAUGACUAUCAUUAAGGAGCCAUUUCAAUGGGAACGUAAUAUAAAACACAGCUAUAUGUAUUAAAUAUGUAAAUCCUGGAGAUAAUUUAGAAUAUUUUUGUUCCAGUUUUGAUUUUAUUUAUUAUCCCAGUUGCAGAAGCUGCUCAACAUUCGCUGAAGUCCAUUCGACACAUUUGCAGCUGGUGAAAUGAAUGUUUACUUUUCAUUAGUUUGUUGUAUUUUUUAUUUAUUUAUUUAUUUGGAUAUUCAUGAAAGUGUGUACAUUUCAUUUUUUAUUGCACAAUGAUGUUUGGUAAAAAUUUAGUAAAGAAAAAAAGUAUUGCUGAUCUUUGUUCACUUUGUGAAAUUCAUGUUGUAAGUAAGAAAAAUCGAACAAGGUUUAGUGCUUUUUUUUGUACAGGUUGUUUAUGUAUCUGGUAAAUUACAGAUAAUAAAUGACAAGAUACUGGUGUGUGAGAGCUGCGUACUGUCUUCGUUCAGCAAAAUGAAGACAUGAUCAUGUAACUGGAUGACUCAAAUAGUUGAAUGGACUAAUAAAAACGUUCCAAAAUUA